AUGGUUUGGAGAGUACUAAUUGUACUUAACCAAAUCAAAAAUCUCCAUUGUUCCGACCUUCGCAUCGAGGAUUUGCCUAUUGCUUAUCGCCUCCGAUCCCAUGGCUCUAGCCGAUUCUUGCUCUUCUCGACAUCCAGCAAACCCUUGAUUCUCAAGGCCACCAAAAACGAAGACGGAUGGCAGCGCAAAUUUUUCUUUGUCAAACGAGACUCCAUUGCUGAGGGUGCCAGCCUUCCGGUGGAGUGGUUAACCACCGUGAACUUCAAGGAAGUUGCUCCCCCUACCGCUGACUCAGAAGAGAGAAUCAAUACUGUUUACCGUUUACCUGCAAUAGACAGGACUUUCACCACACACGUCCCGAGUUCCAGCCAAUACUCAUCAUCCGAGAUGUCUGCACCAGCUAAGAUCCCUGAAGUCUUUGAUCUUGACGAAUUGGACAGCUAUUCUGACCAGAUCCAGGUCAAGAAAGAACCUAGCCCCAAGACCACAGCUACAUCCAAACCCAGCAUCUCCAAAGCCAUCAUCAUUCCUAAACCCUCACCGGCUACCAAACCCCGGAGUUCAAGUUCCCGCAAAAGGAAAGAACCUGAUUCCCCUGUCAUUUCUGACACAUUUCCUUACGAGAAGCACGGGUUCAUUGAAGCUAGCGGGUUUAUGACUUCUUUUCUUAACCAGGGUCUUGAGCGCUUGGUUAACUUAUAUCAAGAAUCCUGCAAGCUCAACAAGACACUUGAAUCUAAACUAAAGGAAGCAGAAAUCACAAUCUCCGACCAAGGUAUGAUUGCGGCCGCCAAAUCUCGUCAUUACGAGGAGAAAUACAAAGCUAUGACCCAAGAACACCAAGUUGCUCUCAACAAAGCUACUCUUUAA